AUGGCCGAGUCGUCGGGUCCUGCCGGCCGGCGCACGCUGAACAACCUCAUCUCGAGUUCUGUGAAAGCUCGACAUUGGAAGCAGGCGUUUCAGCUCUUUGCGGGUAUGUGCCUGGAAGCCGUGCUGCCCAAUGUGGUGACGUUCGGAACAGUUCUCAGCGCCACACAGAAGGUUCAGCAGUGGCAAAUGGCUCUACACCUCACUACCGAACUCUCAAAGGCCACACAGCGUCUCAACCUGAUAGCAUACAGUUCUGCUGUCAGCGCUUGCGAAAGAGCAGGAGUAUGGCAGUCGGCUCUGGGAAUGCUUUCACAGCUGCUUGCGAGCACCGUUCUGGCAGACAUUGUUGUGCAGAAUGCCGCGAUCAGCACAUGCGGGAAGGGCGAGCAAUGGCAACAUGCACUGCUUCUUUUUCACGGACUGCCUCCGACUUCAGCAAGGCUUGGUGUCAACGAGGUUAGCUUCAACUCCACCAUGAGCGCGUGUGAGAAGGGCGGCGAGUGGCAGAUUGCCAUUGAGCUUCUUUCGAAGAUGCUGCGGAGGCAGCUGCUUCAGAGCGUUAUCAGCUUCAGUGCUGUAAUCAGUGCCUGUCAGAAGGGAGCUCAGUGGGUUCUCGCUCUGCAGCUGCUGUCAGACAUGGCAAGUGUGGAGGUAAGGCCAGAGAGAAUCAGUUUCAACGCGGCCAUGAGUGCCUGUGGUGGUGCUGCUCAGUGGACUCUGGCUCUGCAGCUGUUGACAGACAUGCGAUCCGUCGGAAUCCUACCUGGCGUAGUAAGCUACUGUGCAGUCGUCAGCGCCUGCGAAAAGAGUAGCCUUUGGCUGCAGGCCAUUGACCUUCUUGGGGACAUGCUUGCAGUGAUGCUGCAAGCGGACGUGGUCGGCUUCAAUGCUUCCAUCGCAGCUUGCGGCCGAUCAGGACAGUGGCAGCGGGCGCUGCAACUGUUCUUGGACAUGCAUUUCUUCGAAUUAGCACCGAGUGCUAUCAGCUUUGGAGCAGUGAUCAAGGCCCUUGAAAAUGCGGGCCAGUGGCAGUUGGCGCUUCAGCUCCUUUCGCAGAUGCUUUCAAGGAUGAGUCCUGAUCCUACAACCUACUCCGCUCUUCUGGGCACCGUGGAAGCGAGCUCACAGUGGCAGAAAGCCCUGCAGCUCUUUGCAGAGAUGCCCAGUCUGAAUCUUCAGCUGGAUGUGUUGGCACUGAACCUUGCCCUCCGUGCAUCUGUGACCGGAUGGCAGUGGCAGGAAGCCUUCAAUCUCGUAGCAGACAUGGCAAGAAGACAAGUUACCCCUAACCCGACCACCUUUAGCCUGGCCAUGGCCGCAGCAGAGCAUGGAUGUCAGUGGUCUGCAGGCCUUUCGUUUCUAAACCGCCUCGCCCACGAGAGAGAGUGGCAGGAAUUUCUUUGCAUGCCAAGAGGGGGGGGAAAAGCAUGCCAUACCGGUCCCUAG